GUCUUCUUCUUCUUUUUCCGCGGAGCUGACUGAGGAAGUCACGAGAAGAAGAAGUGGGUUUUCUCGAUCUGGUAGGGUUUUUGUUCAAGGAGCUAAAAAGGAGAAUCUAAAUGGCGGGAGUUGGAACAUCGAUGCUCGGAUCUAUUCUUCUCUUCACAGUGGUGCUCUCGCUGCAAGAAGUGUACCGAGGGAAACUAGCUUCUUCUGAGCUGUUCACCAUCCUUGGAGGCUUCACUAGCUCCCUCCUCUUUCUCUUCUCUCUCACUUUCAUUGGGAAUCUCCAAGAGUCUUCUGGUGGGAAGAGUAGCUGGGGUGCUGUGAUUGUUGCGGAAAUCAUAGCACUUGUUGCUGCUAGCACCGUGCAUCGAGUUUGUAUUACAACCUGUUUCUUGUUCUCUGCGGGGCUGUUGUACGAGAUGAACAAGAUCUCAGGAUACAUGCUCUCCAAAGCUGAGUCCAAAUCUAAAAGGCACUGAAUCAGAAGAGCAUGGGGUUACUAAGCACAUUUGGAUUAUCUUGUUUGUUUAGCACUAAAAGACUCAAAAAUACUUCCAACUUCAUGAAUUUUAGAAUUUUCCUCCACUUAUCUAUACUCGACUUUGUAGUUGUGUGUUAUGACUUUGUGUUCUUAGACGAAUGGUCAGGUUUAGUCCCAUCUAUAAAGUUAGGCUUAUAAAAAGCCAGAUAA